AAAUCAAACCUUUCACGACUCAAUUAAGCUAUGAAAUUCCAAAACAAAGUCCUUUGGACUUGAAAGAAAAUUGUGGUAAUAAUGGCCAACAUGUAGCUAGAAAUAGCUUCUCAAGCAUGACUUAUUCAUGCCUCAUUGGACCUGAGUUCCCAUUGGAACUUGAAUCACCAUUAGAACCUAAAUCUCCACUAGAACCUAAAUCUCAACUGGAACCUGAAUCUUCACUGGAAUCUGAAUCCCCAUUAGAAUCAAAUAACAAACUUUUUCAGCAUGGUCAGGAUUAUGUCUCUCUUGAGGCCUUUAAAUAUAUUUCUGAUCAAUACACUGAAGCAAGCGGAUUUAAAGUGAUUUUCUUAAAGAGUAACAAUCGUAGUGAUGGCUUGUGUACUACUCAAGUUUUUGCUUGCGAUUGCUCUAGUGUGUACAAAUUUAGAAAAGAUCUGAAUAAGAAAGGCAAAAAUAAAGUAUCAAAAAAAUACAACUGCCCCUGGUCUGUUCAUCUUAAUCAUAACCCAGAAGAUGACAAAUAUUAUAUCUCUCAAGUCGAUCUACAACAUAAUCAUCAACUUAUUCUGCCCCAACUUAU